CAAGUUUUUUUUAUGUGUCAAAACGAAAAAUUAACUUUUAGGUAAAACCCUAAUAAAAUUUCUAGUCUUCUAAUCGCCGGUUCAACCACGAACUCGUAGAGUUCAGUAGCUUGGAACUACCCGUAAUGAAAUUCCUUUCUAGUAAGAUUAAAGAGAAGCUAUUUGUCCUUUCGUCCUUAAUCAAGAGAAGGAACAAAAGAGAUAUUAUGCAUUGCAUAUACAGAAGGCUUUGAAUUAGUGGCAGCAGGAUUUUCAGAUGGUGUUAUAAGAAUGAUUAAUAUAAAAACUGGAAAGUACAUUUCAUCACUUUGUGAUGCUGAAAUGGUACAAUCUGCAAGUCCUACAACUUCUAUUAAAUAUAGGCAUGUUAAAAAGAGCCACCCAAUAACAGAAACUCUAACUGCUAGUUAUUGUAGUGGAUGCAUUAAAUGUUGGCACUAUCUAUCAGGACAAUGUCUUUACACAAUCAGAGAAAGAAGACAAACAUUAGGUUUGACUUAUCAUCCCCGCUUACCAAAAUUGGUGACUGUGGGAGAUGACACGAAACUUAUUUUGUAUGAUGAAGAAACAAGAACACAGGAAAGGAUAUUUCAAGCGAGCGGCGCACCAGACAUGAUGAACGGUCAUAAAUCCAGAGUUUUCUGUGUUUGCUUCAAUCCUGCAUCGAAUCACGAAAUCGUAAGUGGUGGCUGGGAUGAUACGAUUCAAUUUUGGGACGUCAGACAACCAUUUGUCCUUCGUCAUAUAACUGGUGUUCACAUAUGUGGCGAAGGGAUUGCCAUUAGAAGCGAUGGGAAACAGAUUUUAACAUGCGCUUGGCAAAAAGAAAAUGCUGUUCAAUUAUGGGAUUACUCAACCGAAAAACUUAUUGCCAAUUUGGAACCAGAAGUUUAUAAAAGUCAAUUAUAUUGUGGAAAAUUUAUCAACGACAUCUUCUUUGUAUGUGGAGGAUCAGAUAACAAUUAUAUUAGAGUUGUUGAUCUUCGAACAAACUCCACUAUUAGCGGAAUAAAAAAUUUACCAGGAGGAGUUUACUCUAUAGAUAUCGGACCAAUCUCAGCGACACAAUUGAAAAGAUCUAGACCAACGGACGAAAUCGAUUUGCCAAAACUUGCUUUUUGCAGCGACAAAGCCAUUUUUGAAAUAGAACUUUCCUAACUUGAAAGAAUCAAUAUAUAAACUAGAAAAAGAAAGUUAGAGAUAGAGGAAGUAAUUGAAUGUAUAAUAUAUAACAGUAAAAGGUGUUGUCAAGCAAUAAACAAUUUUAUUUA